AUGGGAAAAUCAGGCUACUCAAAGCUUCACAUCGCCAUGUUUCCCUGGGUUGCAUAUGGUCAUUUCAUCCCCUUCCUUCAUCUCUCAAAUAAGUUGGCUCAUAAAGGCCAUAAAAUUUCCUUCAUUUUGCCUAAAGGAGUGCAACCAAAGCUGGAAAACAGGAACCAAUACCCCAACUUGAUUCAAUUCGUCCCUCUAGUUAUACCCCAUGUCGAUGGCCUCCCUCCAGGAGCUGAGACUACAUCUGUUGUUACUCUGAACCAACAAAAGUACCUUGCUUUUGCUGUAGAUCAAACCAGGGACCAAGUUGAAGGCAUCCUAGAGGCUUUAAAACCUGAUAUGGUUUUUUAUGAUUUCUGGUUUUGGAUCCCAGACUUGGCUCGCCAACUUGGGAUCCACCCCAUAUGCUAUGUAGUGGUUUCCUCGAUGAUCAUGUCGUUAGGAUCAAACAUCAGGACGCUAACCAAAGAAAUGACUGUAGAAGAGGUGACGAAAUUGCCUCCCGAUUACCCUUCUUCCACUGUGAAAUUCAAAGCUGAAGAGGCUGCUGCUUUGUUGUUUGAGGCUGAGGAUUUCGGGAGUGGACUGUCGUUUGGGGAACGGAUAAGGACUGCUGUGAGUGGAAGUGAUGCCAUUGCCUUCAGGACUUGCCGUGAAACCGAGGGACCAUUUUGCGACUAUGUUGCUCGAGGAUAUGGGAAGCCUGUUUUGUUGUCAGGGCCUUGCUUGCCUGAAACAAAGACCCAACAGCUUGAUGAGAAAUGGGUUAGUUGGUUAAGCCAGUUCGAGCCAGGUUCUGUUGUGUUUUGCUCUUUAGGAAGCCAGAGUGUGUUACAGAAGGACGAGUUCCAGGAGUUGGUGCUUGGGUUUGAGCUAUGUGGGCUACCAUUUUUGGUAGCUUUAAAGCCACCCCAAGGAUGCUCAACUGUUGAAGAAGCACUGCCCGAGGGAUUUCAAGAUAGGGUUGGAGGAAGAGGGUUGGUGUAUGGAGGUUGGGUUCCACAAGAGCAGCUAUUGCACCACCCUAACAUCGGGUGUUUCGUUAACCACUGUGGGUAUGGAACGAUGUGGGAAUUUUUGCUUAGUGACUGCCAAGUGGUGUUGAUACCUGAAAUUGGGGAUCAAAUUUUGAACACCAGGUUGAUGGCGAAUGAGCUCAAGAUUGGGGUGGAAGUGGAGAGAGGUAAAAACAGGGAGGUUCCAAAGGAGUCAUUGAGUGAAGCCAUCAAGUUUGUGAUGGACAAGGACAAUGAAACAGCUAAUCUGAUGAAGAGAAACCAUGCUAAGCUGAAGCAAAUGCUAUCUAACAGUGAUCUUCAAGAAGGAUAUAUCAACAAUUUCAUUCAAGCUCUGCAAGAUUUGUCAAAUAUGAAGUCCAAGUUGCAAAACAAAAUGAUUAAACCCGAUGAUGUUUGGUAAAUAGUUUUGAGGUGUUCUUGCAUGUAAUGUUCUGCCAUGAAAACUGACAUCACCGUUAUUCUAAACAUGUUAAGAUUGCCGCUUCUUUCUAAGAGCAAAUUUAAUUUCCAAACUAACACACAGAUCAAGAAACACAGCAGUCUGGACCUGCAAAUACUCAAGCACAUAUUCAAUAUAUACGACAAAUUCGACAUGAAAAAGAAAAAUAAUGGUGAAGGCAAUAUAGUUGAAAGUUGAAUAUAAUAACAUGAGACUUCAUAAUGGGAGUCUGUACAAUUGUUGAUAAUUACAGAGCCAACAAAUAAAUGAUUGUCUGUUAGAUAUCUGCAAGUUCAUGUACAAAAUACUCGACAAAUAUCGAUUUAUAUUUAAAACAGACCAUCAACCGUUUUAUGUAGUUUAUUACUUUUGUUGGAUUUAAGUCAACCCCAUGCUUUAUACAUCCUUGGAUUAUGUGGCUAAUGCCUCUGAUUUGCAUAUGGGGCAUACGUUCUUCAGGAGCAGCCACUUUCUUAAGCAACUUGCAUGGUACUCGU